AUGAUUUACACGAAACCCAAGUCAGAUUACGUCGAUCUCGACACAAACUUUCAACCGCUUCCCAAGUACGGCCGCCUCUCUCAGAAGCAUCCUGCCUACGAGUCCGCCGAAGAAGCCAUCGCCGCCGGAUUCUCACAACUCUACUCCCUGCCAGAUUUUGUGAGUUUUCGAGGAGCUGCCGGCGACGCCGAUGCAACCAUCCCUCCUGGUGGGCCCGACCGGUAUCGAGACGUCACCACCCAGCUCAUGUACUUCACAACUCGGGACGGCCACAAGGCGGAGCUCAAAAUUUACAAGUCGCCCAAUGUUGAGCCAAAUGCGGUCCUGAUGUAUCGUAUGCAUGGAGGUGCCUGGUGUGUGGGACGCCAUGAGGUUGAUGGUGCCGAGAAUGUUUACGCUGCCACGAAUAAGAAUAUCGUCGUUGUCAGCGUCGACUAUCGAUUGGCACCAGAGCACCCGUUCCCUUGUCCGCUUAAUGACAGCUACGAUGGCCUUUUGUGGUGUAAAGAAAACGCAACUUUGCUAGGAGUAGACCCGGAAAGAAUUAUCCUUAGCGGUUCCAGCGCGGGAGCCAACCUUGCCACUGCCUUGGCUAUCGAGUGCAGAGACAACGGUGUCACCGGCGUGAUUGCUCAGGUCCUCCAUUUCCCGGCGACCUGCCACCCCAAAUUCUUUCCCAAGGAUACAUACGAGUUCGGGAGCUACAUUCAGAACUGCGAAAAUCCAGUCCUCAGCACGCUGAGUCACUGA